CACACACACCGUCUGUCCUCCCUCUCGGAUCUUUUUAACACUUCACCUCCAACCAGUGUAAUGCAGAACUAACGCGCACGCGUGUGUGUGCGUGUGUGUGUGUGCGCAGGUAUGCAGGCAUGGACACACACACUUAGGUAACCAGGGUGUCGACAGGUGACGUUAAGCAGCGUUCAGUGAAGAAAACGGGACUCCACCUCCGGUCGCUUCCUCCGGUCCGAGGCAGACAGACAGCGGCUCUCUGUGCUCGGGUUUACCCGCGUCUCCUCUCCACGCCACCGGACUCCACGCUGGAGUUUACCUCGGCAGAAGACAUGGAGGAAAAAACGGAUAUUCCCAACGAACUGUUCGAGAGUGUGCGGGAGGCGGUGGGUCGGAGGGUGAAGCUGACCCUGAGGCGCAAAGUCCAGCUGGAGGUCAAAGGUGACAAGGUGGAGAACAGAGUGCUGGCCUUGGCAUCACAUCGAGCCUAUCUGCUGACAUCACGGGUCCCUUCUAAGGUCGAACACUCCUUCAACUACUUGGAUAUCCAGGGAAUCAGCAGCAACAAGCCCACUCAGUUGGUGUUGGAGUGUGAGCGCGGUCCAUGGAACCUCCGGCUGGGCUCGGUGGAGGAAGUGGACGAGGUGAUCGCUCACAUCGGCAGAUGUCUGCACCGGAUCUGUCCCGCCAGCUCACCUGUGAAGGUGAUGAGGAAGUUGAGUCUGAAGCCUCCAGAGAGGACGGCGGCUCUGCAGGCCGUCUGGGACGAACAGGGCCCGGUGGAUCUGGGACCCUGCGGCGGCUUUUCUCAUCAGUACUUCUGUGUGUGUGAUCACCUGGGUCUGCCGUACAGAGAGGAGGUCCAAUGGGAUGUGGACACCAUCUAUCUCACCCAGGACACCAGAGAGCUCAACCUGCAGGACUUCAUCCACCUGGAGAACAGGGAUCUGGUGGCGAUCAUCGCAGCUCUGGAGCACAACCAGUGGUUCACGAAACUGUCCACCAAAGACUGCAAACUGUCGACAGACGUGUGUGACCAGAUCCUCAGAGUGGUGGCUCGGUCCAGCCGGCUGGAAGAACUGGUGCUGGACAACGCUGCGCUGAAAAGUGAUUUUGCUCAGAAACUGGCCGGCGCUCUGUCACACAACCCCGCCUCCACGCUACACACACUCAACCUGAGCAACAACUCACUGGAGGACAAAGGUGUUUCUGCUCUGAGUGCUCAACUCGCCAAACUGCCCAUGGGACUGAAGCACCUGAACCUCUCCAGGACCUCCAUGUCUCCGAAAGGUGUGAACAGCCUCUGUCAGGCUCUCUGUGCCAACCCGGCCGUCGCCUCGGCGCUCACACACCUCGACCUGUCGGGAAACUCGCUCAGAGGCGACGACCUGCAGAACCUGCACAACUUCCUGAGUCACCCGAACUGUCUGGAGACUUUGGACCUGUCCAACAGUGACUGCGCUCUGGAGCAGGUGUGUGUGUCUCUGCUCAGAGGAUGUCUGAAGCAUCUUUCCGUCCUCAACAUGUCAAAGACGGUCUUCUCUCACAGGAAGUGUAAAGAAAUCCCGUCGUCCUUCAAGCAGUUCUUCAGCAGCGCUCAGGCUCUGAGCUCGGUCAGUCUGUCGGGAACCAGACUGCCAGUGGAGGCUCUGAAAGCUUUGUUGUUGGGACUCGGCUGCAACCCGAAACUCAGUGACGUGUCUCUGGAUCUGAGCUGCUGUGAGCUGCGGUCAGGAGGCUCUCAGAUCCUGGAGGGCUGCGUCGCUGAGAUUCCCAACAUCUCCAGUUUGGAUAUUUCUGACAACGGUCUGGACAUAGAUCUGACCACCCUGCUGGUCUGGCUGGCCAAGAACCGCUCCAUCCGACACCUUUCACUGGGCAAAAACUUCAACAACAUCAAGUCCAAGAAUGUGGCUCAGGUCCUGGACAACCUGGUUCACAUGAUCCAGGAAGAGGAUUCACCGCUGAUCUCGCUGUCAUUGGCCGAUUCCAAGCUGAAGGCCGACCUCUCCAUCGUCCUCAACGCUCUGGGCAGCAACACUUCUCUGACCAAACUGGACAUCAGCGGUAACGCCAUGGGAGACAUGGGCGCUAAGAUGCUGGCCAAAGCGCUGCAGAUCAACACCAAACUCAGGACGAUAGUGUGGGACAGAAACAACGUCAGCCCUCAGGGUCUGCAGGACGUCGCUGCUGCUUUGGAGAAGAACUACACCAUCCGGUUCAUGCCUGUUCCCAUCAUGGAUGCUGCUCAGGCGCUGAAGGCGAGCCCGGAGAAGACGGAAGACGCCUUACUAAAGAUGGAGCAGUACCUGCUGAGGAACCACGAGACACGUAGAUACCUCCAGGAGCAGGCGUACAGGCUGCAGCAGGGGAUAGUCACCACCACCACGCAACAGAUGAUGGACAUGAUGUGCGUGAAGGUGCAGGACCACCUGAACUCUCUGAAGUUCACAGAGACCAACUUGGUCCAGGAGGACAUGAAGGUGGCAGAGAACCUCAUGAAAGACGCCAGGAACUCCAAGACGCUGCUCCCCAACCUGUACCACCUGAAGAGUGGAGGCUCCAAAGGACCAUGUGUCGGAGCCAUUCAGGACAAACUGGAGUCGAUGGCUGGAGAAGUGGCCAGAGUGAUGGACGAGCAGCUGCAGACCAUGCUGGUGUCCAUGGUGGACGCCGCUGAGGGUCUGUGUCCUCAUGUGAUGAAGAGGAGCAGCCUUCGCCAGGAGCUGCUGAAGGCCGGAGCCGGCAGGAUGAGCGUCCCUCGCAGCUUCAUCACCACCACGCUGCUGGAGCAGUCCGGGGUCGACAUCAUCAACAAGAUCAGUGAAGUGAAGCUGAGCAUGGCAUCGUUUCUGUCGGAUCGCAUCGUGGAUGAAAUCCUGGAGUCUCUGUCCAGAUCGCAGCACACUCUGGCCGACCAUCUGAUCAGGAAGCCUCAGCCUCUGCUGCGUCAGGAGCCCCACCUGGAGACAGAGGUUCUGGAUGAGGUGGUCCUGCAGCCAGAGAACAACAACCAGGCCCGGAAACAAAGCCGUGACGGGGAUCAGAAACGUGGACUGGAAGAUAUGGACACAUGCAUGAUGACUCCUAAAUCCAAGAGGAAGAGCAUUCUGGUCCGGAUGCUGCGGCCCGUCUCUGUGGCGUUUGAGAUGGAGUUUGACCUGGACAAGGCUCUGGAGGAGGUUCCGAUCCAUGUUGAGGACCCCCCUCUGCCUCCUCCUCCUCCUCCUGCUGCUGCUUCACCGUCAUUGGACAGAAUGUCUGUCUAUGGUGACCUCCCUCCUCCUCCUACUCCACUGGAUGCAAAGUCCGUCUGUUUGGGCGAGCUGCUGCCUGUGGAGCACGUGACGCUGGAGCAUCGCACCAAAUUCCGCCCAAAACCCAAGAAGAGGACGAAACCCAGCCGACCGUCUCGGGAGACCACCAGCAGCAGCUCGCCGCCACAAGAGGCCGAGCAGAGCAGCACCAUGGGAAAGCUGGACGAGGGCCUCGAGGACUUCUUCUCCAAGAAAGUCAUUAAACUCAGCUUCAAACUUCCCUCUGUGAAAGCUUCGUCUUCCAGCGUGCAGGAAACAUCUGACAAGAAACGUGAAUCCAGGAAGAGCGGUUUCUUUAAUCUCAUCAAAUCCAGGACGUCCCGUUCAGAGAAAAGCCAUGGAGCUGCCUCCAUCACUCCACCCAACCCCGCCUCCUCUACCGCUGCUCCACCCUCUUCUUCUGUUAGCCCAGUGAGUGAGGAACCUAUGCCCACACCCCCCACUCCGCCUGCGAAAAACCCAGUCGCUGUGGCGGAGCCCCAUCAGGAGCUCCACAGGGCUCAAUCAUCGGACCACGUGGAGUCUGAGAUGGAGACCUCUCCACCUGCUGCCGAACCUGCUGAGGAGGAGAAGGAGGAGGAGAAAGAGGAGGAGGAGAGUGUGGAGAAGAAGGAGAACCCCCAUAUCCUCCGCCAUAUCGGAGUUCCUGUGAUGGGAAUGGACCUGCUGGCUGAGAUGAAGGCCAGGCAGGAGAGAAUGGCUGUAAAGAAGUCGGAGUCACAGUCCAUGCUGGACAAGGUGGACGGAGACAAAGACGUUCAUCCCGUCGUCCCAGCAGACGCUGAUGAAUCCAAACCAGAGCCAGCUCCCAGGUCAAAACCACCCAGCGUCACCCCUAAACCGCCCCCACCCCAGGCCAUGAAACCCCCUCGCACCUCUGGGCCCCUCAGUCCAACCAGUCCAACCAGUCCAACCAGUCCUGGGCCGAGCAGCACCUACACCCUCGACGAGCCGGCUGAGGCUCCAGCAGGAAGCCCGUCUCCCAAAGGACCACUUCCUGCUCCUCGCCUGAAGAGGGCGCCGUCAGAGCAGGAGAGAGAGAGCACGAGCAGCAACCCUGCAGAGUCCCCUCUGUCUCCGCAGGACGUUGAGUUUCCUGCUGACGGCGAUGCGUUCGAGGCACCGGGGGCAGCGGUUGAACCCGGCGUCGGUGGCAGACAGUGGUCGUCUCUGAAGAGUUCGACCGGUCCUCCUGAUGCGAGGGAAGAGGACCGAGAGCGAACCAAGUCCCUCCCUGCAUACGUGAGUCCUCCAUCUUUGGCAGACGCUGAUCUCAGUCCAGCUGAGGAGGAGAGUUCGUCUCCGGCUGCCGAGCUCAAGUCUGACAACAAAUCAGACGACGAGUCCGACGACACUCCUUCAGUCUGAAACCAACGAGAUGUUUCCAGCUCGACUGUCACACAAACAAACUUCAGUCACACCAACAGUCAAAAGCAGAGACAGUUUUUUUUUUUUACCACAUCCUGGUGAGGGGAGCGGAGGGGACACGUGUCUCGCUGUUAUCAGUGUAACCGCCUGACCCGGGAUCAGAUGGACGCCAAAACAGCUCCAUUACGUCUCUGUAAACAGCUCUAAUAGGACCAUAAAGAGCAGAGCAGAUGGGCUUUAUCUGGAGACAGUCUGCAGUUGCUUAGAUAACCAGGUCCAGCUGUAAAGAGCUCCGUUAGACCAGCGCACUGAGGAGAACGGGUCGGACUGUCUAAGUGGCUCCAGACUGACGCAGUUUGCUUUGACUGUGUUUCUGUUCAAACUGCCCACAGGUUCUUUAAUUAGCAGCGUUCGCUAAAGAGAAAUCCUGCAACUUCCUAGAAACCAACGAGAGUUCACGCUCUCAGCUGCUAGAGUCCAAAUGUAACGAUGCUGAACUGCAUCGACUGUACGUAAAACACAGAUAUUAUUAUUCUGAGUUUCACAGGUUAAGGAUAAUGUUGUUGAUAUUGUUAGUCAGGGUUUCACAGGGUUUAUGUGUAACGUUCUUCUGAGGGUUUUCUGCAGCUUUCAGCUCCAUCUCAUGGUCUUCAUCCGCAGACAUUUGCUCAGUUAUCAAACACAUGCAUACAUGCAGUAUUUCUCCAAACAAAGCCAGCUGCGAUGUGGCGGUGAAGUGACGACAACUGACCAAUCUGUGGAUGAAGAGUGUGACAUGCGGUGGAAAGCUCUGGAAAAAAAAAGCCAGUAAGUGAAGAUUAUUUAGUCCAAAUCAAAACUGAACUUUCACUUCAACACAUUUCAGUUUCAGUUUCACAGACAUUUCUUACACUGUAAAAAAAUAUAUUUUAUCUUAUAUAUUUUGUUUCUCUGAUUUUCUGACAUUUUGUUGAGUGUCUGUACAGAUCCUGUUCUCGCCUUUUAUUUGUUUUAAUCAAAUCAGUUUUUAAGGACAUUAAUAGAAAUAUAACUCAGUAAAAUUGAGAUUUUUGACAGUGUAGAUUCUGAGUCUGCUGAGUUAAAGCUGCGUUCAUGUCACGAUUAACAGUUUCUGACUUUAAAUUACAGUUCGUGUCAACAUCUAAAUCCACGGAACGACUUGAAAAGUCAUUUUCUGAAGGUCCGAUAUGUCGAGUCGGAGCCUUUAGUGCAAAAAUACGUCGACUCAAAGUGAACGGACGGAGGUAGAGUUGAUGAGUUACAUUAAAAAUUCUUUAUUAGACAAAAAAGAGGUGAAAUUCUAUCUGUUAAAAAUAAUAAACUAGUUUCCUUUCGUCCCCUGAGAGACGAUCAGUCAUCGAUGUUUCAUAUUUAACUCAGCUGCUGUGUCCUCACCAUCACGCCUUCUAACACACUGAUGUCAUGUUAAGCAUGUACUGCUGCACUUACUGAUGUAUCAAUGUGAAUAUGUAAAUAUGUACUAACACUCCUGUGAGUUUAUAAAAGACAUGGGCUUCAGUCAGAUAUUGUACUCUGAGCAGAAAUAAAUCUGAUUCAUUAUGAAUGAAACGUUCCAUUUCUGAUACACGGUGAUGGUUUUUCAUUUUUAUUGGGAAAUAUUUUUGGCAUUUCUUUUUUUUUUAAAUAAAUAAACAGUUAAUGUGUUUUAUUGUUUUUAUGAAAUGUGACAUGAAGCUGUCAGAUAUUUCUGUAUUCGUAUGUUUAUACCAAUAAAUACUGUUUACUGUU